GCAACCAAACUUAUACUGUAGAUCUACAGAAACAUCAUGAGAGCCACUGCAGCCGUCCUACUGGUCCUCUGUCUCCUGGCCAUCAGUCAUGCAUGGGACUGUCAGCCUGUAGCAGAUAUCAAGAAUCUGAUGCAGAUCGACGCAGGACUGGGACAAGUGGUUGCAACGAACACAAGUCAAAUCCCCUUCUACCUGGUAAGUGAUGAAUGGAUCCGCCUGCCUGGAUCCCUGAAGCAUAUCACUGUGGGACCAGCAGGGAUCUGGGGUGUCAACAAGGCAGACUCAAUCUACAAGUAUGUGGCCGGUAACUGGGUGCAAGUUGCAGGCCUUCUGAAGCAGGUGGAUGCUGGGGGUAACCAGUUUAUUGUGGGGGCUAACGUGAACGAUACUCCGUACUGUCUGACACGUAGUGCCACAGUUGGCUACAAGGGUCCAGGCUCACCCCUUCCAUGGACAGGAUUGCCAGGAAGUGUGAAGUACUACAGUUGUGGACCCUUUGGGUGCUGGGCAGUCAACAAGAAUGAUGAUAUCUUCUUAAUGAGUCUGAAUCAAGACUGCCAAGACAAGGGGUGGAAUCACAUUGACGGCAAGCUUUCCAUGAUUGAGGUGGCAACUGAUGGUAGUGUCUUUGGGGUCAACUCUUUGGGUGAUGUUUAUACCAGAGACGGCAUCACAGCCAGUAAACCAGAGGGCACUGGAUGGAGCAAUGUCCCAAUGUGCAUGCAAAUGAAGCGUCACCUAUGACCUGGGCCGUCUUUGGGUC